AUGCGCCUCCUGCGCCUGCUCUGUGUGGUCGCUGCGGCGGCCCUGUCGCCUGAGGAGCUCCGGGUUCUCAGGGAGCUCUUUCCGCAACACGAGGGGACGCCCUGCAUGGGGCCAAAGGUGCAGUGCGAGCAUGGCCACGUGGUGCAGCUCGACCUGAGCGAAAUGGAGUUGAGGGAGGUCCCGGAGUGUUUGGGCAACUUGAUGUGGCUGGAGCAGCUUGAUUUGAACUCCAACCAGCUGCAGAGCAUCCCCGAGUCGCUGGGCAGCUUGACGAGGCUGGGGAGGUUACAUUUGAGCCGCAACUCGCUGAAGAGCAUCCCAGAGUCACUGGGCAACUUGACGCAGCUGACAUGGCUUGGUUUGAGGGACAACCAGCUGGAAAGCAUGCCCGAGUCGCUGGGCAGCUUGACGAGGCUGGAGUGGCUGUAUUUGGGCAACAACCAGCUGAAGAUCAUCCCAGAGUUGCUCGGCAGCUUGACGAGGCUGUUGGUCUUAGGUUUGAGCGACAACUGGCUGGAGAGCAUCCCAGAGUCGAUGGGACGCUUGACGAGGCUGGGGAGCUUAGAUUUGAACGGCAACCAGCUGAAGAGCAUCCCCGAGUCGUUGGGCAGCUUGACGCAGCUGAGGUGGCUUGGUUUGAGGCACAACCAGCUAGAAAGCAUGCCCGAGUCGCUGGGCAGCUUGACGAGGCUGAGGUGGCUGUAUUUGAGCCACAACCGGCUGGAGAGCAUCCCCGAGUCGCUGGGAAGCUUGACGAGGCUGGAGGAACUUGAUUUGAGCCACACCCAACUGAAGAAUAUGCCCGAGUCACUGGGCAGCUUGACGCGGCUGGAGCAGCUUUAUUUGAGCAACAACUGGCUCAAGAGCAUCCCAGAGUCGCUGGGAAGCUUGACGAUGCUGAGGGAGCUUGACCUUCGCAGCAACAGCCUCGCAGAGCUGCCAGACGCAUUUGGCAGGCUCGGUAGCUUAGAGGUUUUGCAGGCUGACAGGAACGUCCUUGCCGAGCUGCCCCAGAGUUUUGGACAGCUCGCCAACCUCAAGCGGCUCUAUCUACAGCACAACAAGCUCCAAGAUUUCGUCGCAGGUCCGGCUCUGCCGAGCCUUGAGGUGUUGCUUCUGCAAAGCAACCGGCUCCAAGCCAUCGAGCAAUUUUGUCAACUGCGGAACCUUACCACGCUAUAUCUACACAAAAACCGUCUUAGCGGCCGCAUCCCACCGUGCCUGUCAGCCAUGUCAUCUCUAAGAGUUUUGACUCUGCAUGAGAACCGCUUAACUGGAGAGAUCCCCAGAGGGCUUCCGGCAAUGGGCGUCUUGAAAGUCCUGACGCUCCAUGAGAACAAGCUUUCCGGCCAAAUUCCUGCAGAUGUCGGGUCCUUUGCGCAGCUUGCGUUCCUGUCAGCGCACGCAAAUGCUCUAUCAGGGCCAGUUCCAGAGCUGAACUUAACAGACGGCUGCACGAACGACGACUCUUUCAGCAUGAUCGUCGAGCACGCCGUUCUCGGCCCCAGGGAGUUCACAUGUGCAAGCCCCAUAUUACCAGUGGUGUGGACGGCCCAGAAACAGAAGCAGAUGUUCCAGGAUGCUUGCCCGGAGCGUGUGCAUAUGUGUGAAAAGGCUUCUGCGAGAGGCCCAACGCUUCUCCUGCACGGCAAUCGCUUGUCCUGUGGAGCUCCUCGCGACGUAACUGCUGUUCCGGAAUCCUUGAGAUCGUUGGUAGUCAUCGGCAACAUGUUGGGGGAUCCAUCAAAGAAGUUGCCGGACUGGGUUGCAAAGGUGGAGCAGCAACCGUUCCUCUACGUCUCUGUCUCCACUGCGCACCGUUUAUGCUGGCACUUUGCAGCUUUGGCGCUAUUUUUUGCAGGGGCGUGGCGCUUUGUUCUGGGCAGCUGGCACCACCUGCAAAUCAGAGAGGCGCUCGAGGACGAAACUGAGAUUUCUCACCGAUUUCUCGUCAGGGCAAGUGGUCUCUUCGCCCCUCUCGCACUGGUGCUGUUUUGUCUCUAUGUGUUUGGAUCAUUUUACUACGAUGGGUGUGGAGACGAUUUCCUGAAGAGCACCGUUGCCUACUUCCAGAGUCCAGAAUGCGAACUAUGGCUUGGCUGCACGUGGUCCGUUUGGAGCUUAGGCUCCGCGUGGCUCUUGCGGCACGUGCCAAAGCCUAAGAAACACCCCGGCCCAGGCCGCCCGAGCGCCAAGACCUGCAAGGCGCUCUGGUGGAUUGUAUGGCUGGGGUUGGUUCUUCUCCUGUCGGCGCCCUCCAUGGCUUACGCCUUCAUGAGCACGCUACCACAGCAAAACCAGCUCCUGACGAGGCCCUGGGUGCUGUGGGUCAUCAAGAAUCAAGCUGCCUUAGUCAUGAUGCUUGUGGACAUGCUUGUCACGCCAAAGUUGGCCGCCCUGAUGUCGCAGCGGUCGCGCAUCCGCCGAUCGAUGCUUCUCAUGGCUUCUCGGACAGCCACCAUGUGGCUCAACGCCGCUCUCUACACGAUCUACCUCAGCGAGCACUGCCAGCGUGGGUGGACGAGGUAUUGGAAUGUCUGCAAUGUGGCUUCCGAGGAGUACAAGGAGUUCAACAUCAGUUUGGGAGAGCAUCAACUUCUUGAGCCCGUCGCCGACUUAUGCGGUCAGAACGAUCAGUGGUGGGCCACUGACGCUUGCGCGAGGUCUGUGGUGGGCACUCUGGCCCCGCUGCUCCUGAGCAAGAUGAUCCAGCGUGCCUUGCUGCAACCGGUGAUAACGGUGGUGCUGUGGAAGCUCUCCGCCAAGGAAGACGGCUCACUCUACCUCACUCCGCUGCGGUUUCUGGGUGUCCGAUGGAAGAUGUGCACCAGCCGAAACCUCGACAGAGCGCAGCAGGCAACCUUCUUGGUCACUUUGGCAGAGGUGCUGCUGAUCUGGGCCCCCUUGAUCCCACUGUUGCUGCCCGCAGCGGCCCUUGCGGUCACGCUGAACCUGCGCGUCUUCCGCGUGGGGCAGCACGUCUUCGGAGCCGACGUGCCAGAAUUGGAAGAGGGCGAGACAGCAAGCAUGUCCAGGAAAUACAUGAUGGCCAGCGUGGUGGUGCUCUUUCUCUUUCAGAACUGGUUCGCCUGGACAUCCGAGAAGUCCGGCAUGUGGCUGCUGAGCCUUGCGAGCUGCCUGGCGGUCGGCCUCAUGGGCAGCAUGGCCAGCACGGCUGGAAGUCCUGGUGCCCCUGAGGAGGGGUCUGUGGAGUUGGCGGCCCUGGGGCCAAGCGCAUGCCGAGAUCACGGCCCAUGCGCGCUGGCUCUGCGGCAGUCUUCCAGAGAGGACCUUCAUCACCUCCAGGAUCCCGACUUCGGCCUCGCCAUCAGCGUGGGUGAAGACACGGCGCUGAAUGUUUUUUGCAGGUCGAACCAGUCGAAGGAACCGUGUCGCUCCACCAUUCGCGGUGGUGACAGACAAGGCCUCCCGGACCUGGCUGGGACCUUGCCCCCCCUUCCCGUUCUUGUGAAUCGCUUUGGCUUCGCUGUCAGAUCCUGGGCCUGGGCGGAGGGGAGGCCAGCCAUUAGGGAGAUCGAAGAGAAGGUGCUAUGCUUCGAUCGGACGGUGAUUUGCAACGUGCAGUGCUUGGACAGUCCUGGGCUGUUGGUGCACGCUGCUGGAUGCUGCUGGCGAAUGCUGGAGAGAGAUACUGAAGCUCAAGCCCUUCCGGUUCACAAGCCGCAAGAGCCCUCAACAGCAACCCCCGGCAUGUCAUCCCUCCUGCGCCUGCUCUGUGUGGUCGCUGCGGCGGCCCUGUCGCCUGAGGAGCUCCGGGUUCUCAGGGAGCUCUUUCCGCAACACGAGGGGACGCCCUGCAUUGGGCCACAGGUGGAGUGCAAGCAAGGCCACUUGGUGCGGCUCGACCUGAGUGAUUUCAAGUUGAGGGAGGUGCCGGAGUCUUUGGGCGAACUGAUGUGGCUGGAGCAGCUUGAUUUGUCCUACAACCAGCUGAAGAGCAUACCAGAGUGGCUGGGCAGCUUGACGAGGCUGAAGAGGCUGUUUUUGAACGACAACCAGCUGGAGAGCAUCCCCGAGUCGCUGGGCAACUUGACGCAGCUGACGUGGCUGCGCUUGACACACAAUCAGCUAGAGAGCAUCCCAGAGUCGCUGGGCAGCUUGACGCAGCUAACGUUGCUUUAUUUGAACGACAACCAGCUGGAGAGCAUCCCCGAGUCGCUGGGCAGCUUGACGAGGCUGGAGAGGCUAUUUUUGAACGACAACCAGCUGGAGAGCAUCCCCGAGUCGCUGGCCAACUUGACACAGCUAGCGUGGCUGCGCUUGACACACAACCAUUUAGAGAGCAUCCCAGAGUCGCUGGGCAGUUUGCCGCAGCUGGCGUGGCUUUAUUUGAACGACAACCAGCUGGAAAGCAUCCCUGAGUCGCUGGGCAGCUUGACGCAGCUGACGUGGCUUUAUUUGAACGACAACCGGCUCAAGAGCAUCCCAGAGUCGCUGGGCAGCUUGACGAGGCUGGAGAGGCUAUGUUUGAACGACAACCAGCUGAACAGCAUUCCCGAGUCGCUGGGCAGCUUGACGUGGCUCAGGCACCUUUAUUUGAGCUACAACCGGCUGGAGAGCAUCCCAGAGGCGCUCGGCAGCUUGACGCGACUAGAGCAGCUCUAUCUGAGCAACAACCAGCUGACGAGCAUUCCCGAGUCGCUGGGAAGCUUGACGAUGCUGAGGGAGCUUGACCUUCGCAGCAACAGCCUCGCGGAGCUGCCAAGCGUAAUUGGCAGGCUCGGUAGCUUGGUGGUUCUGCAGGCUGACAGGAACGUCCUUGCCGAGCUGCCCCAGAGUUUAGGACAGCUCGCCAACCUCAAGCGGCUUUAUUUACAGCACAACAAGCUCCAAGAUUUCGUCGCAGGCCUGGCUCUGCCAAGCCUUGAGGUGUUGCUUCUGCAAAGCAACCGGCUCCAAGCCGUCGAGCAAUUUUGUCAACUGCGGAACCUUACCACGCUGUAUCUACACAAAAACCAUCUGAGCGGCCGCGUCCCACCGUGCCUGUCAGCCUUGUCAUCUCUCAGAGUUUUGACUCUGCAUGAGAACCGCUUGACUGGAGAGAUCCCCACGGGGCUUCCGGCAAUGCGGUUCUUGAAAGUCCUGACGCUCCAUCAGAACAAGCUGUCCGGCCAAAUUCCUGCAGAUAUCGGGUCGUUUACGCAGCUUGCGUUCCUGUCAGCGCACGCAAAUGCCUUAACAGGACCAGUUCCAGAGCUGAACUUAACAGACGGCUGCACGAACGACGACUCUUUCAGCAUGAUUGUGGAAGACGCUGUGUACGGCUCCAUGGCGUUCACAUGUGCAGGCCCCAUAUUACCAUACCUGUGGACGGCCCAGAAACAGAGGCAGAUGUUCCGACAUGCUUGCCCGGAGCGUGCUCAUACGUGUGAAAAGGCUUCUGCAAGAGGCCCAACGCUUCUCCUGCACAGCAAUCGCUUGUCUUGUGGAGCUCCUCGCGACGUAACUGCUGUCCCGGAAUCCUUGAGAUCGUUGGUAGUCAUCGGCAACAUGUUGGGCGAUCCAUCAACGAAGUUGCCGGACUGGGUCGCAAAGGUGGAGCAACAACCGUUCCUUUACGUGUCCAUCUCCACUGCGCGCCUGUUGUACUGGCGCUUUGCAGCUUUGGCGCUGUUUUUUGCUGGGGUUUGGCGCUUUGUUCUGGGCAGUUGGCACCACCUGCAAAUCAGAGAGGCGCUCGAGGACGAAACUGAAAUCUCUCACCGAUUUCUCGUCACGGCAAGUGGUCUCUUCGCCCCUCUCGCACUGGUGCUGUUUUGUCUCUAUGUCUUUGGAUCGUUUUACUACGAUGGGUGUGGAGACGAUUUCCUGAAGAGCACCGUUGCUUACUUCCAGAGUCCGGAAUGCGAACCAUGGCUUGGCUGCACGUGGUCCGUUUGGAGCUUAGGCUCCGCGUGGCUCUUGCGGCACGUGCCAAAGCCUAAGAAACACCCCGACCCAGGCCGCCUGAGAGCCAAGACCUGCAAGGCGCUCUGGUGGAUUGUAUGGCUGGGGUUGGUUCUUCUCCUGUCGGCGCCCUCCAUGGCUUACGCCUUCAUGAGCACGCUACCACAGCAAAACCAGCUCCUGACGAGGCCCUGGGUGCUGUGGGCCAUCAAGAAUCAAGCUGCCUUGGUCAUGAUGCUUGUGGACAUGCUUGUCACGCCAAAGUUGGCCGCCAUGAUGUCGCAGCGGUCGCGCAUCCGCCGAUCGAUGCUUCUCAUGGCUGCUCGGACAGCCACCAUGUGGCUCAACGCUGCUCUUUGCACGAUCUACCUCAGUGAGCAUUGCCAGCGUGGGUGGACGAGGUAUUGGAAUGUCUGCAAUGUAGCUUCCGAGGAGUACAAGGAGUUCAACAUCAGCUUGGGGGAGCAUCAACUUCUUGAGCCCGUCGCCGACUUAUGUGGUCAGAACGACCGGUGGUGGGCCACGGACGCUUGCGCGAGGUCUGUGGUGGGCACUCUGGCCCCACUGCUCCUGAGCAAGAUGAUCCAGCGUGCCUUGCUGCAACCGGUGAUAACGGUGCUGCUGUGGAAGCUCUCAUUCAAGGAAGACGGCUCACUCUACCUCACUCCGCUGCGGUUUCUGGGUGUCCGAUGGAAGAUGUGCACCAGCCGAAACCUCGACAGAGCGCAGCAGGCAACCUUCUUGGUCACUUUGGCAGAGGUGCUGCUGAUCUGGGCCCCCUUGAUCCCACUGUUGCUGCCUGCAGCGGCCCUUGCGGUCACGCUGAACCUGCGCGUCUUCCGCGUGGGGCAGCGCGUCUUCGGAGCCGACGUGCCAGAAUUGGAAGAGGGCGAGACGGCAAGCAUGUCCAGGAAAUACAUGAUGGCCAGUGUGGCGGUGCUCCUAAUCUUUCAGAACUGGUUCGCCUGGACCUCCGAGAAGUCCGGCAUGUGGCUGCUGAGCCUUGCGAGCUGCCUGGCGGUCGGCCUCAUGGGCAGCAUGGCCAGCACGGCUGGAAGUCCUGGUGCCCCUGAGGAGGGGUCUGUGGAGUUGGCGGCCCUGGGCCCAAGCGCCCUUGGCACGGCCUCUGGGAAGGAGAGGUCCAUGAGGCGUCCGGCGUCCGCAGCGCCGGUGACAUCAGAUGGAGGGUAUGAUGGCACGAUUUCAAGUGCUCAGUGUGCCCUGAACCUUCGAGUACAGGGUCGAACCAGGAAGGGAACCGUGUCGCUCCACCAUUCAGCAGUGGUGACAGACAAGGAGCUCCGGGUUCUCCGGGAGCUCUUUCCGCAACACGCGGGGACGCCCUGCCUGGGGCGCAGGGUCGAGUGCAAGCAGGGCCACUUGGCGCGGCUCGACCUGAGUGAUUCGGAGUUGCGGGAGGUGCCUGAGUCUUUGAGCGAACUGACGUGGCUGGAGCAGCUUUAUUUGAGGCAGAAUCAGCUGAAGAGGAUCCCUGAUUCGCUGGGCAGCUUGACGAGGCUGACGGAGCUUGACUUGAGUCACAACACGCUGGAGAGCAUCCCCGAGUCGAUCGGAAGGUUGAGGAAGCUGAGGCAUCUUGAUUUGAACAACAACCAGCUGAAGAGCAUCCCAGAGUCACUGGGCAACUUGACGCAGCUGACGUGGCUUGCUUUGAGCGACAACCAGCUGAAGAGCAUUCCCGAGUCGACGGGCUGCUUGAUGAGGCUGGAGAAAUUAGAUUUGAACGACAACCGGCUGGAGAGCAUCCCCGAAUCACUGGGCAGCUUGACGUUGCUGGAUAAGCUUUACUUGAGCGGUAAUUGGCUGGAGAGCAUCCCAGAGUCGCUGGGCAGCUUGGCGCAGCUGACGCGGCUUCAUUUGGCUCGCAACCAGCUGGAGAGCAUCCCAGAGUCGCUAGGCAACUUGACGAGGCUGACGGAGCUUGACAUGAGCCACAACCAGCUGAAGAGCAUCCCUGAGUCGAUGGGCAGCUUGACGAGGCUGAAGCAGCUUGGUUUGAACGACAACCGGCUGGAGAGCAUUCACAAGUCGAUGUGCAGUUUGACGAGGCUGGAGAAGCUUCAUUUGAGGGCAAACCAGCUGAAGAGCAUCCCUGAGUCGCUGGGCAGCUUGACGCACCUCAUGCUCCUUUAUUUGAGCCGCAACCAGCUGAAGAGCAUCCCAAAGUCGACUGGCAGCUUGACGAGGCUGUGGAGCCUGGAUUUGCACGACAACUGGCUAGAGAGCAUCCCAGAGUCGCUGGGCAGCUUGAGGCAGCUGGAGGUGCUUUUUUUGAGCCGUAACCAGCUGACGAGCAUCCCCGAGUCGCUGGGCAGCUUGAGGAGGCUGGACAGUUUGUAUUUGAACCACAACCGGCUGGAGACCAUCCCCGAGUCGCUGGGCAACUUGACACGGCUGAAGAGGUUUAACGUGAGGCGCAACCAGCUGAAGAGCAUCCCCGAGUCGCUGGGCAGCUUGACGCAACUGAGGGAGCUUGACCUUCGCCACAACUUCCUCGCACAGCUACCUGACGCUAUUGGCAGGCUCGGUAGCUUGGUGGUUUUGCAGGCUGACAGGCUCCAAGGCAACAUCGAACAGUUUUGUCAACUGCGGAAACUUACCACGCUGUAUCUACACAAAAACUAUCUGAGCGGCCGCAUCCCACCGUGCCUAUCAGUUGUGUCAUCUCUAACAGUACUGACUCUACAUGAGAACCGCUUAUCUGGAGAGAUCCCCACGGGGCUUCCGGCAAUGCGGUUCUUGAAAGUCUUGACGCUCCAUCAGAACAUGCUGUCCGGCCAAAUUCCUGCAGAUGUCGGGUCCUUUGCGCAGCUUGCGUUCCUGUCAGCGCACGCAAAUGCUUUAACAGGGCCUGUUCCAGAGCUGAACCUAUCAGACGGCUGCACGAACGACGACUCUUUCAGCAUGAUUGUGGAAGACACUACUUCGGGCUCCAUGGAGUUCACAUGUGCAAGCCCCAUGUUACAGUACCAGUUGGACCUGUCGGGCCAGAAGCAGAGACAGAUGUUCCAGGAUGCUUGCCCGGAGCGUCUGCGCACGUGUGAAACGGCUUCGGCGAGAGGCCCAACGCUUCUCCUGCACAGCAAUCGCUUGUCUUGUGGAGCUCCUCGCGAUGUAACUGCUGUUCCGGAAUCCUUGAGAUCGCUGGUAGUCAUCGGCAACAUGCUGGGGGAUCCAUCCGCGCAGUUGCCGGACUGGGUCGCAAAGGUGGAGCAGCAACCGUUCCUCUACGUCUCUGUCUCCACUGUGCGCCUUUUGUGCUGGCGCUCUGCAGCUUUGGCGCUGUUUUUUGCUGGGGUUUGGCGCUUUGUUCUGGGCAGCUGGCACCACCUGCAAAUCAGAGAGGCGCUCGAGGACGAAACUGAAAUUUCUCACCGAUUUCUCGUCACGGCAAGUGGUCUCUUCGCCCCUCUCGCGCUGGUGCUGUUUUGUCUCUAUGUGUUUGGAUCGUUUUACUACGAUGGGUGUGGAGACGAUUUCCUGAAGAGCACAGUUGCCUACUUCCAAAGUCCAGAAUGCGAACUAUGGCUUGGCUGCACGUGGUCCGUUUGGAGCUUAGGCUCUGUGUGGCUCUUGCGGCAUGUGCCGAAGCCUAAGAAACGCCACGGCGCACGACCGGGCUACCCGAGCGCCAAGACCUGCAAGGCGCUCUGGUGGAUUGUUUGGCUGGGGUUGGUUCUUCUCCUGUCGGCACCCUCCAUGGCUUAUGCCUUCAUGAGCACUCUACCACAGCAAAACCAGCUCCUGACCAGGCCCUGGCUGCUAUGGGCCAUCAAAAAUCAAGCUGCCUUGGUCAUGAUGCUGGUGGACAUGCUUGUCACACCAAAGUUGGCCGCCAUGAUGUCGCAGCGGUCGCGCAUCCGCCGAUCGAUGCUUCUCAUGGCCGCCCGGACAUCCACCAUGUGGCUCAACGCCGCUCUUUGCACGAUCUACCUCAGCGAGCACUGCCAGCGUGGGUGGACGAGGUAUUGGAACGUCUGCAAUGUAGCUUCCGAGGAGUACAAGGAGUUCAACAUCAGCUUGGGAGAGCAUCAACUCCUUGAGCCCGUCGCCGACUUAUGCGGUCAGAACGAUCAGUGGUGGGCCACUGACGCUUGCGCGAGGUCUGUGGUGGGCACUCUGGGCCCGCUGCUCCUGAGCAAGAUGAUCCAGCGUGCCUUGCUGCAACCGGUGAUAACGGUGGUGCUGUGGAAGCUCUCUGUCAAGCAAGACGGUUCACUCUACUUCGCUCCGCCUUGGUUUCUGGGUGUCCGAUGGAAGAUGUGCACCAGCCGAAACCUCGACAGGGCGCAGCAGGCAACCUUCCUGGUGACAUUGGCAGAGGUGUUGCUGAUCUGGGCCCCCUUGAUCCCUCUGUUGCUGCCGGCAGCGGCUCUUGCGGUCACGCUGAACCUGCGCGUCUUCCGUGUGGGGCAGCACGUCUUCGGAGCCGACGUGCCAGAAUUAGAAGAGGGCGAGACAGCCAGCAUGUCCAGGAAAUACAUGAUGGCCAGCGUGGUGGUGCUCUUGCUCUUUCAAAACUGGUUCGCCUGGACCUCCGCGAAGUCUGGCAUGUGGCUGCUGAGCCUUGCGAGCUGCCUAGCGGUCGGCCUCAUGGGCAGCAUGGCCAGCACGGCGGGAAGUCUUGGUGCUGCUGAGGAGGAGUCCAUGGAGUUGGCCCCUGGCCGGAUUCCAACAGAGCCCAGCCUGCCCUCGGACGGGCGCACCCCCCCGUGGCUGGUUCUCAGGAUCUACACGCAACCUUCCGGAGAUCUCGUGACUCGUGAUGCGGCUGCAGGUUGCAUCUUCGAGGAGCUCCGGGUUCUCAGGGAGCUCUUUCCGCAACACGCGGGGACGCCCUGCCUGGGGCGCAGGGUCGAGUGCAAGCAGGGCCACUUGGUGCGGCUCGACUUGAGUGAUUCGGAGUUGCGGGAGGUGCCUGAGUCUUUGAGCGAACUGACGUGGCUGGAGCAGCUUUAUUUGAGGCAAAAUCAGCUGAAGAGCAUCCCCGAGUCGCUCGGGAGCUUGACAGAGCUGACGUGGCUGGGUUUGAAUCACAACCAGCUAGAGAGCAUCCCCGAGUCGAUCGGAAGGUUGAGGAAGCUGAGGCAUCUUGAUUUGAACAACAACCAGCUGAAGAGCAUCCCAGAGUCACUGGGCAACUUGACGCAGCUGACGUGGCUUUAUUUGAGCGGAAACCGGCUGGAGAGCAUCCCCGAGUCGAUGGGCAGCUUGACGAGGCUGGAGAGUUUAUAUUUGAACGACAACCGGCUGGAGAGCAUCCCCGAAUCACUGGGCAGCUUGACGUUGCUGGAUAAGCUUUACUUGAGCGGUAAUUGGCUGGAGAGCAUCCCAGAGUCGCUGGGCAGCUUGGCGCAGCUGACGCGGCUUCAUUUGGAUCGCAACCAGCUGGAGAGCAUCCCAGAGUCGCUAGGCAACUUGACGAGGCUGACGGAGCUUGACAUGAGCCACAACCAGCUGAAGAGCAUCCCUGAGUCGAUGGGCAGCUUGACGAGGCUGAAGCAGCUUGGUUUGAACGACAACCGGCUGGAGAGCAUUCACAAGUCGAUGUGCAGUUUGACGAGGCUGGAGACGCUUCAUUUGAGGGAAAACCAGCUGAAGAGCAUCCCUGAGUCGCUGGGCAGCUUGACGCACCUCAUGCUCCUUUAUUUGAGCCGCAACCAGCUGAAGAGCAUCCCAAAGUCGACUGGCAGCUUGACGAGGCUGUGGAGCCUGGAUUUGCACGACAACUGGCUAGAGAGCAUCCCAGAGUCGCUGGGCAGCUUGAGGCGGCUGGAGGUGCUUUUUUUGAGCCGUAACCAGCUGACGAGCAUCCCCGAGUCGCUGGGCAGCUUGAGUAGGCUGGACAGUUUGUAUUUGAACCACAACCGGCUGGAGACCAUCCCCGAGUCGCUGGGCAACUUGACACGGCUGAAGAGGUUUAACGUGAGGCGCAACCAGCUGAAGAGCAUCCCCGAGUCGCUGGGCAGCUUGACGCAACUGAGGGAGCUUGACCUUCGCCACAACUUCCUCGCACAGCUACCUGACGCUAUUGGCAGGCUCGGUAGCUUGGUGGUUUUGCAGGCUGACAGGAACGUCCUUAGCGAGCUGCCCCAGAGUUUUGGACAGCUUGCAAGCCUCAAGUGGCUUUAUUUGCAGCACAACAAGCUCCAAGAUUUCGUAACAGGCCUGCCAAGCCUUGAGGUGUUGCUUCUGCAAAGCAACAGGCUCCAAGGCAACAUCGAACAGUUUUGUCAACUGCGGAACCUUACCACGCUGUAUCUACACAAAAACUAUCUGAGCGGCCGCAUCCCACCGUGCCUAUCAGUUGUGUCAUCUCUAACAGUGCUGACUCUGCAUGAGAACCGCUUAUCUGGAGAGAUCCCCACGGGGCUUCCGGCAAUGCGGUUCUUGAAAGUCUUGACGCUCCAUCAGAACAUGCUGUCCGGCCAAAUUCCUGCAGAUGUCGGGUCCUUUGCGCAGCUUGCGCUCCUGUCAGCGCACGCAAAUGCUUUAACAGGGCCUGUUCCAGAGCUGAACCUAUCAGACGGCUGCACGAACGACGACUCUUUCAGCAUGAUUGUGGAAGACACUACUUCGGGCUCCAUGGAGUUCACAUGUGCAAGCCCCAUGUUACAGUACCAGUUGGACCUGUCGGGCCAGAAGCAGAGACAGAUGUUCCAGGAUGCUUGCCCGGAGCGUCUGCAUAUGUGUGAAAAGGCUUCGGCGAGAGGCCCAACGCUUCUCCUGCACAGCAAUCGCUUGUCUUGUGGAGCUCCUCGCGAUGUAACUGCUGUUCCGGAAUCCUUGAGAUCGCUGGUAGUCAUCGGCAACAUGCUGGGGGAUCCGUCCGCGCAGUUGCCGGACUGGGUCGCAAAGGUGGAGCAGCAACCGUUCCUCUACGUCUCUGUCUCCACUGUGCGUCUUUUGUGCUGGCGCUCUGCAGCUUUGGCGCUGCUUUUAGGAGGGGCGUGGCGCUUUGUUCUGGGCAGUUGGCAUCACCUGCGAAUCACAGAGGCGCUCGAAGACGAAACUGAAAUCUCUCACCGCUUUCUCGUCACGGCAAGUGGUCUCUUCGCCCCUCUCGCGCUGGUGCUGUUUUGUCUCUAUGUGUUUGGAUCGUUUUACUACGAUGGGUGUGGAGACGAUUUCCUGAAGAGCACAGUUGCCUACUUCCAGAGUCCAGAAUGCGAACUAUGGCUUGGCUGCACGUGGUCCGUUUGGAGCUUAGGCUCCGCGUGGCUCUUGCGGCAUGUGCCGAAGCCUAAGAAACGCCACGGCGCACGACCGGACCACCCGAGCUCCAAAACCAGCAAGGCGCUCUGGUGGAUUGUUUGGCUGGGGUUGGUUCUUCUCCUGUCGGCACCCUCCAUGGCUUACGCCUUCAUGAGCACGCUACCACAGCAAAACCAGCUCCUGACGAGGCCCUGGGUGCUGUGGGCCAUCAAGAAUCAAGCUGCUUUGGUCAUGAUGCUGGUGGACAUGCUUGUCACGCCAAAGUUGGCCGCCAUGAUGUCGCAGCGGUCGCGCAUCCGCCGAUCGAUGCUUCUCAUGGCUGCUCGGACAGCCACCAUGUGGCUCAACGCCGCUCUUUGCACGAUCUACCUCAGCGAGCACUGCCAGCGUGGCUGGACGAGGUAUUGGAAUGUCUGCAAUGUCGCUUCCGAGGAGUACAAGGAGUUCAACAUCAGCUUGGGAGAGCAUCAGCUUCUUGAGCCCGUCGCCGACUUAUGCGGUCAGAACGAUCGGUGGUGGGCCACUGACGCUUGCGCGAGGUCUGUGGUGGGCACUCUGGCCCCGCUGCUCCUGAGCAAGAUGAUCCAGCGCGCCUUGCUGCAACCAGUGAUAACGGUGGUGCUGUGGAAGCUCUCUGUCAAGGAGGGCGGUUCGCUCUACCUCGCUCCCCUGCGGUUUCUGGGUGUCAGAUGGAAAAUUUGCACCAGCCGAAACCUCGACAGGGCGCAGCAGGCAACCUUCUUGGUCACACUGGCAGAGGUGUUGCUGAUCUGGGCCCCUUUGAUCCCUCUGUUGCUGCCCGCAGCGGCUCUUGCGGUCACGCUGAACCUGCGCGUCUUCCGUGUGGGGCAGCACGUCUUCGGAGCCGACGUGCCAGAAUUAGAAGAGGGCGAGACAGCAAGCAUGUCCAGGAAAUACAUGAUGGCCAGUGCGGCGGUGCUCCUAAUCUUUCAGAACUGGUUCGCCUGGACCUCCGCGAAGUCCGGCAUGAGGCUGCUGAGCCUUGCGAGCUGCCUGGCGGUCGGCCUCAUGGGCAGCAUGGCCAGCACGGCGGGAAGUCUUGGUGCUGCUGAGGAGGAGUCCAUGGAGUUGGCCCCUGGCCGGAUUCCAACAGAGCCCAGCCUGCCCUGGCUGGUUCUCCGGAAACUGAUCUACACGCAACCUUCCGGAGAUCUCGUGACUCGUGAUGCGGCUGCAGGUUGCAUCUUCGAGGAGCUCCGGGUUCUCAGGGAGCUCUUUCCGCAACACGCGGGGACGCCCUGCAUGGGGCGCAGGGUCGAGUGCAAGCAGGGCCACUUGGCGCGGCUCGACUUGAGUGAUUCGGAGUUGCGGGAGAUGCCUGAGUCUUUGAGCGAACUGACGUGGCUGGAGCAGCUUUAUUUGAGGCAGAAUCAGCUGAAGAGGAUCCCUGAUUCGCUGGGCAGCUUGACGAGGCUGACGGAGCUUGACUUGAGUCACAACAUGCUGGAGAGCAUCCCCGAGUCGCUGGGUAGUUGCAACAAGCUGACGUGGCUAGGUUUGAGCCACAACCAGCUGAAGAGCAUCCCGGAGUCGUUGGGCAGGUUGACGCGGCUGGAGAAGCUUUAUUUGAGCGGAAACCGGCUGGAGAGCAUCCCCGAGUCGAUCGGCAGCUUGACGAGGCUGGAGAGUUUGUAUUUGAACGACAACCGGCUGGAGAGCAUCCCAGAGUCGAUGGGUAGCUUGACGCAGCUGUGGGUGCUUUUAUUGGGGCAGAACCAGCUGAAGAGCAUCCCCGAGUCGCUGGGCAGAUUGACGGGGCUGUGGCAGCUUGAUUUGAAGCACAACCAGUUGAAGAGCAUCCCAGAGUCGCUAGGCAGCUUGACAGUGCUGACGUGGCUGGGUUUGACACGCAACCAGCUAGAGAGCAUCCCCGAUUCGAUGGGUAACUUGGCGGAGCUGACGUGGCUUGAUUUGAGGCUCAACCAACUGAAGAGCAUCCCGGAAUCGCUGGGCAGCUUGACGGGGCUGAGCAAGCUGUUUUUGAACGACAACCGGCUGGAGAGCAUCCCCGAUUCGCUGGGCAGCUUGACGGGGCUGAGGAACCUUGGUUUGAGUCACAACCAGCUGAAGAGCAUCCCGAAGUCGCUGGGAAGCUUGACGAUGCUGAGGGAGCUUGACCUUCGCAAAAACAGGCUCGCAGAGCUGCCAGACGCAAUUGGCAGCCUCUGCGACUUAGUGGUUUUGCAGGUUGACAGGAACUUCCUUACCGAGCUGCCCCAAAGUUUAGGACAGCUCGCCAACCUCAAGCGGCUUUAUUUACAGCACAACAAGCUCCGCCAUUUCGUCGCAGACAUGGCUCUGCCAAGCCUUGAGGUGUUGCUUCUGCAAAGCAACCGGCUCCAAGCCGUCGAGCAAUUUUGUCAACUGCGGAACCUUACCACGCUGUAUCUACACAAAAACCAUCUGAGCGGCCGCAUCCCACCGUGCUUGUCAGCCAUGUCAUCUCUAAGAGUACUAACUCUACAUGAGAACCGCUUAUCUGGAGCGAUCCCCACGGGGCUUCCGGCAAUGCGGUUCUUGAAAGUCUUGACGCUCCAUCAGAACAAGCUGUCCGGCCCAAUUCCUGCAGAUGUCGGCUCGUUUGCGCAGCUUGCGUUCCUGUCAGCGCACGCGAAUGCUUUAACAGGGCCUGUUCCAGAGCUCAACUUAACAGACGGCUGCGCGAACGACGACUCUUUCAGCAUGAUUGUGGAAGACACGAUCUACGGAUCCAUGGAGUUCACGUGUGCAGGCCCCAUAUUACCAUUCGAGUGGAACGAGGACUUGGGCCAGAAGCAGAGGCAGAUGUUCCAGGAUGCUUGCCCGGAGCGUGUGCAUAUGUGUGAAAAGGCUUCUGCGAGGGGCCCAACGCUUCUCCUGCACAGCAAUCGCUUGUCUUGUGGAGCUCCUCGCGACGUAACUGCUUUUCCAGAAUCCUUGAGAUCGCUUGUAGUCAUCGGCAACAUGUUGGGGGAUCCAUCAACGAAGUUGCCGGACUGGGUCGCAAAGGUGGAGCAGCAACCGUUCCUCUACGUCUCCAUCUCCACUGCGCGCCUUUUGUGCUGGCGCUCUGCAGCGUUGGCGCUGCUGUUUGGAGCUGCGUGGCUCUUUGUUCUGGGCAGCUGGAAUCACCUGCAAAUCACAGAUGCGCUCGAGGACGAAACUGAAAUCUCUCACCGCUUUCUCGUCACGGCAAGUGGUCUCUUCGCCCCGCUCGCGCUGGCGCUGUUUUGUCUCUAUGUGUUUGGAUCGUUUUACUACGAUGGGUGUGGAGACGAUUUCCUGAAGAGCACCGUUGCCUACUUCCAAAGUCCAGAAUGCGAACUAUGGCUUGGCUGCACGUGGUCCGUUUGGAGCUUAGGCUCUGUGUGGCUCUUGCGGCAUGUGCCGAAGCCAAAGAAACGCCACGGCGCACGACCGGGCUACCCGAGCGCCAAGACCUGCAAGGCGCUCUGGUGGAUUGUUUGGCUGGGGUUGGUUCUUCUUCUGUCGGCACCCUCCAUGGCUUACGCCUUCAUGAGUACGCUGCCACAGCAAAACCAGCUGCUGACGAGGCCCUGGGUGCUAUGGGCCAUCAAGAAUCAAGCUGCCUUAGUCAUGAUGCUGGUGGACAUGCUCGUCACGCCAAAGUUGGCCGCCAUGAUGUCGCAGCGCUCGCGCAUCCGCCGAUCGAUGCUUCUCAUGGCCGCCCGGACAUCAACCAUGUGGCUCAACGCCGUUCUUUGCACGAUCUACCUCAGCGAGCACUGCCAGCGUGGGUGGACGAGGUAUUGGAAUGUCUGCAAUGUGGCUUCCGAGGAGUACAAGGAGUUCAACAUCAGUUUGGGACAGCAUCAACUUCUUGAGCCCGUCGCCGACUUAUGCGGUCAGAACGAUCAGUGGUGGGCCACUGACGCUUGCGCGAGGUCUGUGGUGGGCACUCUGGCCCCGCUGCUCCUGAGCAAGAUGAUCCAGCGUGCCUUGCUGCAACCAGUGAUAACGGUGGUGCUGUGGAAGCUCUCUGUCAAGGAGGGCGGUUCACUCUACCUCGCUCCCCUGCGGUUUCUGGGUGUCAGAUGGAAAAUUUGCACCAGCCGAAACCUCGACAGGGCGCAGCAGGCAACCUUCUUGGUCACACUGGCAGAGGUGUUGCUGAUCUGGGCCCCCUUGAUCCCUCUGUUGCUGCCCGCAGCGGCUCUUGCGGUCACGCUGAACCUGCACGUCUUCCGUGUGGGGCAGCGCGUCUUCGGAGCCGACGCGCCAGAGUUGGAAGAGGGCGAGACAGCAAGCAUGUCCAGGAAAUACAUGAUGGCCAGCGUGGUGGUGCUCUUGCUCUUUCAGAACUGGUUCGCCUGGACCUCCGAGAAGUCCGGCAUGUGGCUGCUGAGCCUUGCGAGCUGCCUGGCGGUCGGCCUCAUGGGCAGCAGCGCCAGCACGGCGGGAAGCGCUGGUGCCCCUGAGGAGGCGUCUGUGGAGUUGGCGGCCCUGGGCCCAAGCGCUUAUCCAUUGACCUUUGGCGUACUGAUCGGGCCCUACCCGCGAUAUGCAGUGUCGGGAAGCUUCGCUUUGAGCUGUACUUCAGAUUUGUCGGGCCGCUUGCCCGGCGUGCUCCUGCUCCUGGAUGCGACAUCGGACAUCAAGGCAAGGUUCUCGGAGUCUUGGUGGCCUGAGAAGGGGCCCUUACAUUCCUUCUCCGCCUUGGGAAGCCCCUCUGCGGCGUGCUCUGCCGCCUCCGCGGUCGCCAAAGACACGGAGCUCCGGGUUCUCAGGGAGCUCUUUCCGCAACACGCCGGGACGCCCUGCAUGGGGCGCAGGGUCGAGUGCAAGCAGGGCCACUUGGUGCGGCUCGACUUAAGCGACAACCAGCUGAAGAGCAUCCCAGAGUCGCUCAGCAGCUUGACGGAGCUGACAUGUCUGGAAUUGACGUUCAACCAGCUAGAGAGCAUCCCCGAGUCGAUCGGAAGGUUGACGAAGCUGACGCAUCUUGAUCUGAAGUACAACCGGCUGAAGAGCAUCCCCGAGACGCUGGGCAGCUUGACGAGGCUGGGGGAGUUACAUUUGAGGGGCAACCGGCUGGAGAGCAUGCCAGAGUCACUGGGCAACUUGAGGCAGCUGACGUUGCUUGAUUUGAGCGACAAUCAGCUGAAGAGCAUCCCCGAGUCCAUGGGCAGCUUGAUGCAGCUGACGUUGCUUGAUUUGAGCCACAGCCACCUGAAGAGCAUCCCCGAGUCGAUGGGCAACUUGACGUGCCUGGAGAUUUUAAGUUUGAACGACAACCGGCUGGAGAGCAUCCCAGAGUCGAUGGGCAGCUUGAUGAGGCUGAAAAAGCUUUAUUUGAGCCACAACCAACUGGAGAGCAUCCCCGAGUCGCUGGGCAGAUUGAUGAGGCUGGAACGUCUUCAUCUGAGGCGCAACCAGCUGAAGAGCAUCCCCGAGUCGUUGGGCAGGUUGACGCGGCUGGAGAAGCUUUAUUUGAGCGGAAACCGGCUGGAGAGCAUCCCCGAGUCGCUGGGCAGCUUGACGUGGCUGGAGCUGCUUUAUUUGAGCCACAACCAGCUGAGGACCAUCCCCGAGUCGCUGGGCAGCUUGACGAGGCUGGAGAGGUUAUUUUUGAACGACAACCAGCUGACGAGCAUCCCCGAGUCGAUGGGUAGCUGGACGGUGCUGCGGGAGCUCGACCUUCGCAGCAACAGCCUCGCAGAGCUGCCAGAUGCAAUUGGCAGGCUCGGCAACUUAGUGGUUUUGCAGGCUGACAGGAACGUCCUUACCGAGCUGCCCCAGAGUUUUGGACAGCUCCCAAACCUCAAGCGGCUUUAUUUACAGCACAACAGGCUCCAAGGUUUCGUCGCAGGCCUGGCUCUGCCAAGCCUUGAGGUGUUGCUUCUGCAAAGCAACAGGCUCCGAGCCAUCGAGCACUUUUGUCAACUGCGGAACCUUACCACGCUAUAUCUGCACAAAAACCAUCUGAGCGGCCGCAUCCCACCGUGCCUGUCAGCCUUGUCAUCUCUACGGGUACUGACUCUACACGAGAACCGCUUAACUGGAGCGAUCCCUAGGGGGCUUCCGGCAAUGCGCUUCUUGAAAGUCCUGACGCUCCAUCAGAACAAGCUGUCCGGCCCAAUUCCUGCAGAUGUCGGGUCCUUUGCGCAGCUUGCGUUCCUGUCAGCGCACGCAAAUGCUUUAACAGGGCCUGUUCCAGAGCUGAACCUAUCAGACGGCUGCGCGAACGACGACUCCUUCAGCAUGAUCGUGGAAGACGCUGCUCUCGGUUCCAUGGAGUUCACAUGUGCAGGCCCCAUAUUACCAUUCCUGUGGACGGGCCAGAAGCAGAGUCAGACCUUCCAGGAUGCUUGCCCGGAGCGUGUGCAUAUGUGUGAAAAGGCUUCUGCGAGAGGCCCAACGCUUCUCCUGCACAGCAAUCGCUUGUCUUGUGGAGCUCCUCACGACGUAACUGCUUUUCCAGAAUCCUUGAGAUCGUUGGUAGUCAUCGGCAACAUGUUGGGGGAUCCAUCAACGAAGUUGCCGGACUGGGUCGCAAAGGUGGAGCAACAACCGUUCCUUUACGUCUCCAUCUCCACUGCGCGCCUGUUGUGCUGGCACUUUGCAGCUUUGGCGCUGUUUUUUGCUGGGGCUUGGCGCUUUGUUCUGGGCAGCUGGCAUCACCUGCAAAUCACAGAGGCGCUCGAGGACGAAACUGAAAUCUCUCACCGCUUUCUCGUCACGGCAAGUGGUUUCUUCGCCCCUCUCGCACUAGUGCUUUUCUGUCUCUAUGUGUUGGGAUCAUAUUACUACGAUGGGUGUGGAGACGAUUUCCUGAAGAGCACCGUUGCCUACUUCCAGAGUCCGGAAUGCGAAUUAUGGCUUGGCUGCACGUGGUGCUUGUGGAGCUUAGGCUCCGGGUGGCUACUGCGGCAUGUGCCGAAACCGAAGAAACACCGCGGCGCAACAUCGGACCACCAGAGCGCCAAGACCUGCAAGGCGCUCUGGUGGAUUGUGUGGCUGGGGUUGGUUCUUCUUCUGUCGGCACCCUCCAUGGCUUAUGCCUUCAUGAGCACACUGCCACAGCAAAACCAGCUGCUGACGAGGCCCUGGGUGCUACGGGCCGUCAAGAAUCAAGCUGCCUUAGUCAUGAUCCUGGUGGACAUGCUUGUCACGCCAAAGUUGGCCACCAUGAUGUCGCAGCGCUCGCGGAUCCGCCGAUCGAUGCUUCUCAUGGCUGCUCGGACAGCCACCAUGUGGCUCAACGCCGCUCUCUCCACCAUCUACCUCAGCGAGCACUGCCAGCGUGGGUGGACGAGGUAUUGGAAUGUCUGCAAUGUAGCUUCCGAGGAGUACAAGGAGUUCAACAUCAGCUUGGGAGAGCAUCAGCUUCUUGAGCCCGUCGCCGACUUAUGCGGUCAGAACGAUCGGUGGUGGGCCACUGACGCUUGCGCGAGGUCUGUGGCGGGCACUCUGGCCCCGCUGCUCCUGAGCAAGAUGAUCCAGCGUGCACUGCUGCAACCAGUUAUAACGGUGGUGCUGUGGAAGCUCUCUGUCAACGAAGACGGUUCACUCUACUUCUCUCCCCUGCGAUUUCUGGGCGUCCGAUGGAGGAUGUGCACCAGCCGAAACCUCGAUAGAGCCGAGCAGGCAACUUUCUUGGUCACAUUGGCAGAGGUGUUGAUGAUCUGGGCCCCCUUGAUCCCUCUGUUGCUGCCCGCAGCGUCCCUUGCGGUCCUGCUGAACCUCCGCGUCUUCCGUGUGGGGCAGCGCGUCUUCGGAGCCGACGUGCCAGAGUUGGAAGAAGGCGAGACAGCAAGUAUGUCCAGGAAAUACAUGAUGGCCAGCGUGGUGGUGCUCCUGCUCUUUCAGAACUGGUUCGCCUGGACUUCCCAGAUGUCCGGCAUGUGGCUGCUGAGCCUUGCGAGCUGCCUGGCGGUCGGCCUCAUGGGCAGCAUGGCCACCACGGCUGGAAGUCCUGGUGCUACCGAGGAGGAGUCUGUGGAAUUGGCCAUGCCGCCCCGAAAGUUCAAAACAGACCACCGACGUGGCGGAGGGCACGCCCUGGUGAAAGCAAGGAAUGCGGGUGGCGAGUCUGCCUAUGACAUGGAACACCGGUUGACCAUCUUGAAACACAUCUGGGCAGACGUUAGAAGGCCUAUGGGGGCCUACGGGCUGUGGUUCCGGGGUUUCUUGCAGCUGAAGGCGGAGGGCGUGGGCGGAGGCAGGGGCUGCGUGCGGAGGGCGCAGGUGGAGGGGACGCGCGCGGAGGGGGCGGAAGGCACCCCCCUUCCCACACCUGCCCACAUGCGCUGCCUGCGCCUGCUCUGUGUGGUCGCUGCGGCGGCCCUGUCGCCUGAAGAGCUCCGGGUUCUCAGGGAGCUCUUUCCGCAACACGAGGGGACGCCCUGCGUGGGGGCAAGGGUCGAGUGCAAGCAGGGCCACUUGGUGCGGCUCGACCUGCGUGAUUCGGAGUUGCGGGAGGUCCCUGAGUCCUUGAGCGAACUGACAUGGCUGGAGCAGCUUGAUUUGGACCAAAACCAGUUGAAGAGCAUCCCGGAGUCGCUUGGCAGCUUGACGAGGCUGAGGCAGCUUUUUUUGAGCGACAACCAGCUGAAGAGCAUCCCCGAGUCGACGGGCAACUUGACAUGGCUGGAGAGCUUAUAUUUGGACGACAACCGGCUGGAGAGCAUCCCCGAGUCGCUGGGCAGCUUGGCACAGCUCACUUGGCUGCAAAUGAGGCACAACCGGCUGGAGAGCAUCCCAGAGUCCCUGGGCAGUUUGGUGCGGCUGAAGAGCCUUGCUUUGAGCCACAACCAGCUGAAGAGCAUCCCCGAGUCGAUGGGCAACUUGACGCGCCUGGAGAGUUUAGAUUUGAACGACAACCGGCUGGAGAGCAUCCCAGAGUCGAUGGGCAGCUUGAUGAGGCUGAAAGUGCUUGGUUUGAGCCACAACCAGCUGAAGAGCAUCCCCGAGUCGCUGGGCAGAUUGAUGAGGCUGGAAUGUCUUUAUUUGAGGUGCAACCAGCUGAUGCGCGUCCCAGAGUCGCUGGGCAGCUUGACGAGGCUGUGGAGCUUGGAUUUGAACGACAACCGGCUAGAGAUCAUCUCAGAGUCGCUGGGCAGCUUGACGUGGCUGGAGCUGCUUUAUUUGAGCCACAACCAGCUGAGGACCAUCCCCGAGUCGCUGGGCAGCUUGACGAGGCUGGAGAGGUUGUUUUUGAACGACAACCAGCUGACGAGCAUCCCCGAGUCGAUGGGCAGCUUGACGGUGCUGAGGGAGCUCGACCUUCGCCACAACUUCCUCGCACAGCUACCUGACGCCAUUGGCAGGCUCGGUAGCUUGGUGGUUCUGCAUGCUGACAGGAACGUCCUUACCGAGCUGCCCCAGAGUUUAGGACAGCUCCCAAACCUCAAGCGGCUUUAUUUGCAGCACAACAAGCUCCAAGAUUUCGUCACAGGCUUGGCUCUGCCAAGCCUUGAGGUGUUGCUUCUGCAAAGCAACAGGCUCCGAGCCAUCGAGCACUUUUGUCAACUGCGGAAUCUUACCACGCUGUAUCUGCACAAAAACCAUCUGAGCGGCCGCAUCCCACAGUGCCUGUCAGCCAUGGCAUCUCUAAGAGUAUUGACUCUACAUGAGAAUUGCUUGACUGGAGAGAUCCCCAGGGGGCUUCCGGCAAUGCGGUUCUUGAAAGUCCUGACGCUCCAUCAGAACAAGCUGUCCGGCCAAAUUCCCGCAGAUGUCGGGUCUUUUGCGCAGCUUGCGUUCCUGUCAGCGCACGCAAAUGCUUUAACAGGGCCAGUUCCAGAGCUGAACUUAACAGAUGGCUGCGCGAACGACGACUCUUUCAGCAUGAUUGUGGAAGACACUACUUCGGGUUCCAUGGAGUUCACAUGUGCAGGCCCCAUAUUACCAUUCCUGUGGACGGGCCAGAAGCAGAGUCAGACGUUCCAGGAUGCUUGCCCGGAGCGUGUGCAUAUGUGUGAAAAGGCUUCUGCCAGAGGCCCAACGCUUCUCCUGCACAGCAAUCGCUUGUCUUGUGGAGCUCCUCGCGACGUAACUGCUUUUCCAGAAUCCUUGAGAUCGUUGGUAGUCAUCGGCAACAUGUUGGGGGAUCCAUCAACGAAGUUGCCGGACUGGGUCGCAAAGGUGGAGCAACAACCGUUCCUUUACGUCUCCAUCUCCACUGCGCGCCUGUUGUGCUGGCGCUUUGCAGCUUUGGCGCUGUUUUUUGCUGGGGCUUGGAGCUUUGUUCUGGGCAGUCGGCAUCACCUGCAAAUCACAGAGGCGCUCGAGGACGAAACUGAGAUCUCUCACCGGUUUCUCGUCACGGCAGCUGGUCUCUUUGCCCCUCUUGCACUGGUGCUGUUUUGUCUCUACGUGUUUGGAUCCUUUUACUACGAUGGGUGUGGAGACGAUUUCCUGAAGAGCACCGUUGCUUACUUCCAGAGUCCGGAAUGCGAACCAUGGCUUGGCUGCACGUGGUCCGUUUGGAGCUUAGGCUCCGCGUGGCUCUUGCGGCACGUGCCAAAGCCUAAGAAACACCCCGACCCAGGCCGCCCGAGCGCCAAGACCUGCAAGGCGCUCUGGUGGAUUGUAUGGCUGGGGUUGGUUCUUCUCCUGUCGGCACCCUCCAUGGCUUAUGCCUUCAUGAGCACGCUGCCACAGCAAAACCAGCUCCUGACGAGGCCCUGGGUGCUAUGGGCCAUCAAAAAUCAAGCUGCCUUAGUCAUGAUGCUGGUGGACAUGCUUGUCACGCCAAAGUUGGCCGCCAUGAUGUCGCAGCGCUCCCGCAUCCGCCGAUCGAUGCUUCUCAUGGCCGCCCGGACAUCCACCAUGUGGCUCAACGCCUCUCUCUACACGAUCUACCUCAGCGAGCACUGCCAGCGUGGGUGGACGAGGUAUUGGAAUGUCUGCAAUGUGGCUUCGGAGGAGUACAAGCAGUUCAACAUCAGCUUGGGAGAGCAUCAACUUCUUGAGCCCGUCGCUGACUUAUGCGGUCAGAACGAUCGGUGGUGGGCCACGGACGCUUGCGCGAGGUCUGUGGUGGGCACUCUGGCCCCGCUGCUCCUGAGCAAGAUGAUCCAGCGUGCCUUGCUGCAACCAGUGAUAACGGUGGCGCUGUGGAAGCUCUCUGUCAAAGAGGACGGUUCACUCUACUUUGCUCCCCUGCGGUUUCUGGGUGUCCGAUGGAAGAUGUGCACCAGCCGAAACCUCGACAGGGCGCAACAGGCAACCUUCCUGGUGACAUCGGCAGAGGUGUUGAUGAUCUGGGCCCCCUUGAUCCCUCUGUUGCUGCCCGCAGCGGCCCUUGCGGUCCUGCUGAACCUCCGCGUCUUCCGUGUGGGGCAGAAUGUCUUCGGAGCCGACGUGCCAGAAUUGGAAGAAGGCGAGACAGCAAGCAUGUCCAGGAAGUACAUGAUGGCCAGCGUGGUGGUGCUCCUGCUCUUUCAGAACUGGUUCGCCUGGACCUCCGAGAUGUCCGGCAUGUGGCUGCUGAGCCUUGCGAGCUGUCUGGCGGUCGGCCUCAUGAGCAGCAUGGCCAGCACGGCGGGAAGUGCUGGUGCUGCUGAGGAGGAGUCCGUGGAGUUGGCGGCCCUGGGGCCAAGCGCUUGCCAGAGCGGCGAGAUCCAGCAAGAAGAAAGAGGAAGAGUCGGAGGAGAGUUUCAGCUUCCGAGUGAGCCGUUCCGUCAGGAGUCGGAGGAAGAGGUCAAGCCCGCUCGCAAGCCGCGGGAUGAUGCUUUCGGAGAGGUGUGCAACCCCAACGCGGGCGGCUACAACCAUGUAGACAAGCACGGCGUCGAGCUCACGCGCAAGCAGCGGGAAGAGCUGGAGAAGCAGGCCGCCCGCCGCCGGUACGAGGAGCUGCACAAGGCAGGAAAGACCGAUGAGGCCAAAGCCGAUCUCAAGCGCCUCGAGGAGGUGAAGAAGCGACGCGAGGAGGCCGCCCAGAAGCGCGCCGAGGAGCAGGCGGCUUCGGCAGCUCAGAAGGAGGAUGCCAAAGCCGUGGGCAAAGCCGCGCUGCCCCGGGGCCUGAAAUUCUGGCCUCUCUGGGUCGCCGUUUUACUGGGCAAGGUCGCCGUUUUACUGGGCAAGGUCGCCGUUUUACUGGGCAAGGCGGCGCCUGCAAAGAGUCGCCCCGCAGCAGGCAAAGACGAGAAGGAAGAGAAGGAUGUCGUGUUUGAGAAGCCUGCCGAGCCAGUGGAGAAGGAGGAUGCUGCCCCAAAGAAGAAGCUCAUGAACGGGGCGGACCUGGCCGACGUCUACUCCUUCGUCUCCUCGGACAGCAAGGUGAAGGAGGAGGGAAGUCGGUUCAAGGAAACAGACGGCACCAUUGAGGCGUGCCGAGCCGCCGAGGAGGAGUCCAUGGAGUUGGCGACUCGGGGGCCAAGAAAAGAGGGAGCUGAUCUCUUCUCACAUACCUGUUCCGUGCCAGCGCAGACGCAGCAGCAUGCCCACCACCAGCUCAGGCAUCCCUUCACAAGACACAAGAGGCCUCAAAGACAACCCAUGUGCCCCCCCGCCAUGUCAUCCCUCCUGAGCCUGCUCUGUGUGGUCGCUGCGGCGGCCCUGUCGCCUGAAGAGCUCCGGGUUCUCAGGGAGCUCUUUCCGCAACACGAGGGGACGCCCUGCGUGGGGCCAAGGGUUGAGUGCAACCAGGGCCACUUGGUGCGGCUCGACCUGAGCGACACGGAGUUGAGGGAGGUCCCUGAGUCUUUGAGUGAACUGAUGUGGCUGGAGCAGCUUGAUUUAAGCCACAACCGGCUGAAGAGUCUGGGGUCCGUCGGAAGUUUGCCGAAGCUGACGCAUCUUGAUUUGAACUACAACCAUUUGAAGAGUAUCCCCGAGUCGCUGGACAGAUUGACGCAGCUGAUGUGGCUUGACUUGGGGCGCAACCAGCUGAAGAGCAUCCCUGAGUCGAUGGGCAACUUGACGUGGCUGCAGGAGCUUGAUUUGAACCACAACCAGCUAAAGAGCCUCCCCGAGUCGAUGGGAAGCUUGACGAGGCUGGAGAGUUUGUUUUUGAACGACAACCAGCUGGAGAGCAUCCCAGAGUCGAUGGGAAGCUUGACGAGGCUGGGGGGCUUGGAUUUGAACAACAACCGGCUGCAGAGCAUUCCCGAGUCGCUGGGCAGCUUGACGUGGCUGAGGGAGCUUGAUUUAAGCGUCAACGUUCUAAAGAGCAUCCCAGAGUCGCUGGGCAGCUUGACGGAGCUGACAUGGCUUGAUUUGAGGCUCAACCGGCUGGAGAGCAUCCCCGCGUCGAUGGGCAGCUUGACGCGGCUGACGUGGCUUGAUUUGAAGGAAAACCAGCUGAAGAGCAUCCCGGAGUCGUUGGGCAGCUUGACGCAGCUGGCGCGGCUUGACUUGAGGCGCAACCAGCUGAAUUGCAUCCCCGAGUCGCUGGGCAGCUUGACGAAGCUGGAGCGGUUUGAUUUGAGCUACAACCAACUGAAGAGCAUCCCCGAGUCGAUGGGCAGCUUGACGCGGCUGAAGGGGCAGAGUUUGGAGCACAACCAGCUGAAGAGCAUCCCCGAGUCGCUGGGCAGAUUGACGCAGCUGACGUGGCUUGACUUGAGGAGCAACCAGCUGGAGAGCAUCCCUGAGUCGAUGGGCAGCUUGACGUGGCUGCAGCAGCUUGAUUUGAGCCACAACCAGCUGACUAGCAUCCCCGAGUCUUUGGGCAGCUUGACGAGGCUGGAGAAGUUUUUGUUGAACGACAACCAGCUGGAGAGCAUCCCAGAGUCGAUGGGCAUCUUGACGAGGCUGGGGCAGCUUGAUUUGAGCUAUAACCAACUGAAGAGCGUCCCAGAGUCGCUGGGCAACAUGACUUGGCUGAAGGGGCUGAGUUUGAGGCACAACCAGCUGGAGAGCAUCCCCGAGUCGCUGGGCAGCUUGACGCAGCUGCUGUGGCUUGAUGUGGGGCGCAACCAGCUGAAGAGCAUCCCAGAGUCGAUGGGCAGCUUGACACGGCUGAAGGAGCUUGCUUUGAACGACAACCGGCUGGAGAGCAUCCCAGAGUCGGUGGGAAGCUUCAUGAGGCUGUGGAAACUUGAUUUGAACGACAACCGGCUUGAGAGCAUUCCCGGGUCGCUGGGCAGCCUGAUGAAUCUGUUGGAGCUUGACUUGAGCCACAACCAGCUGAAGAGCAUCCCCGAGUCGCUGGGCAGCUUGACGCAGCUGGCGCAGCUUCAACUGAGGCAUAACCAGCUGAAGAGCAUCCCCGAGUCGAUGGGCAGCUCGAGGGGGCUGAGGAACCUUGAUUUGAGUCACAACUUGCUGAAGAGCAUCCCGGAGUCGCUAGGCAGCUUGACGCGGCUGAAGGGGUUGAAUUUGAGGUACAACCAGCUGAAGAGCAUCCCCAAGUCACUGGGCAGUCUGAUGAAACUGAUGGAGCUUGACCUUCGCAACAACAGCCUGGUAGAGCUGCCUGACGCAAUUGGCAGGCUCGGCAGCUUAGAGGUUUUGCAGGCUGAUAGGAACUUCCUUACCGAGCUGCCCCAGAGUGUUGGACAGCUCGCCAAGCUCAAGCGGCUCUAUCUACAGCACAACAAGCUCCAAGAUUUCGUCACAGGCCCGGCUCUGCCAAGCCUUGAGGUGUUGCUUCUGCAAAGCAACAGGCUCCGAGCCAUCGAGCACUUUUGUCAACUGCGGAACCUUACCACGCUGUAUCUGCACAAAAACCAUCUGAGCGGCCGCAUCCCACAGUGCCUGUCAGCCAUGGCAUCUCUAAGAGUAUUGACUCUACAUGAGAAUUGCUUGACUGGAGAGAUCCCCAGGGGGCUUCCGGCAAUGCGCUUCUUGAAAGUCUUGACGCUCCAUCAGAAUAAGCUGUCCGGCCAAAUUCCCGCAGAUGUCGGGUCUUUCGAGCAGCUUGCGUUCCUGUCAGCGCACGCAAAUGCUUUAACGGGGCCAGUUCCAGAGCUGAACUUGACAAACGGCUGCACGAACGACGACUCUUUCAGCAUGAUCGUGGAAGAUGCCGGUUAUGGCUCCAUGGAGUUCACGUGUGCAGUCGUAGGCAUGUUACCAUUCGAGUGGAAACCGGACCUGGGUCAGAAGCAAAGGCAGAUGUUCCAGGAUGCUUGCCCGGAGCGUGUUCAUAUGUGUGAAAAGGCUGCUGCGAGAGGCCCAACGCUUCUCCUGCACGGCAAUCGCUUGUCUUGUGGAGCUCCUCGCGACGUAACUGCUGAUCCGGAAUCCUUGAGAUCGCUGGUAGUCAUCGGCAACAUGUUGGGAGAUCCAUCAACGAAGUUGCCGGACUGGGUCGCAAAGGUGGAGCAACAACCGUUCCUUUACGUUUCCGUCUCCACUGUGCGGCUUUUAUGCUGUCGGUUUGCGGCUUUGGCGCUGUUUUUUGUAGGGGCUUGGCGCUUUGUUCUGGGCAGUUGGCAUCACCUGCAAAUCACAGAGGCGCUCGAGGACGAAACUGAAAUCUCUCACCGGUUCCUCGUCACGGCAAGUGGUCUCUUCGCCCCUCUCACACUGGUGCUGUUUUGUCUCUACGUGUUUGGAUCUUUUUACUACGAUGGGUGUGGAGACGAUUUCCUGAAGAGCACCGUUGCCUACUUCCAGAGUCCAGACUGCGAACCAUGGCUUGGCUGCACGUGGUCCGUUUGGAGCUUAGGCUCCGCGUGGCUCUUGCGGCACGUGCCAAAGCCUAAGAAACACCGCGGCGCACGCCCAGGCCGCCCAAGCGCCAAGACCAGCAAGGCGCUGUGGUGGAUUGUGUGGCUGGGGUUGGUUCUUCUCCUGUCGGCACCCUCCAUGGCGUAUGCCUUCAUGAGCACACUGCCACAGCAAAACCAGCUCCUGACGAGGCCCUGGGUGCUCUGGGCCAUCAAGAAUCAAGCUGCCUUAGUCAUGAUGCUGGUGGACAUGCUUGUCACGCCAAAGUUGGCCGCCAUGAUGUCGCAGCGCUCGCGCAUCCGCCGAUCGAUGCUUCUCAUGGCCGCCCGGACAUCCACCAUGUGGCUCAACGCCGCUCUCUACACGAUCUACCUCAGCGAGCACUGCCAGCGUGGGUGGACGAGGUAUUGGAAUGUCUGCAAUGUAGCUUCGGAGGAGUACAAGCAGUUCAACAUCAGCUUGGGAGAGCAUCAACUUCUUGAGCCCGUCGCUGACUUAUGCGGUGAGAACGUUCGGUGGUGGGCCACGGACGCUUGCGCGAGGUCUGUGGUGGGCACUCUGGCUCCGCUGCUCCUGAGCAAGAUGAUCCAGCGUGCCUUGCUGCAACCAGUGAUAACGGUGGUGCUGUGGAAGCUCUCUGUCAAGGAGGACGGUUCACUCUACUUCGCUCCCCUGCGAUUGCUGGGUGUCCGGUGGAAGAUGUGCACCAGCCGAAACCUCGACAGGGCGCAGCAGGCAACCUUCUUGGUCACAUUGGCAGAGGUGCUGCUGAUCUGGGCCCCCUUGAUUCCUCUGUUGCUGCCCGCAGCGGCCCUUGCGGUCACGCUGAACCUGCGCGUUUUCCGUGUGGGGCAGCGCGUCUUCGGAGCCGACGUGCCAGAAUUGGAAGAAGGCGAGACAGCAAGCAUGUCCAGGAAGUACAUGAUGGCCAGCGUGGUGGUGCUCCUGCUCUUUCAGAACUGGUUCGCCUGGACUUCCGAGAUGUCCGGCAUGUGGCUGCUGAGCCUUGCGAGCUGCCUGGCGGUCGGCCUCAUGGGAAGCAUGGCCAGCACGGCUGGAAGUGCUGGUGCCACUGAGGAGGAGUCUGUGGAGUUGGCGACCCUGGGGCCAAGUGCUUGA